GUUACUGUAUGCGUUACGCAUGGAUUUGGUCAAAAGACGAAAGCGAAUAUACGAAGCACGAGAUGGUUUUACUUGUACGUCAGCAUGAAGGCUAACACUAGCGCUAGUAGCUUUGAAACGACUUAUUUCAGCUAUAAUACGCCACCGAAACGUCACCUAGAGUCGUGUUGCCAAUUAUUAAUAAGUGAAUAUGAGAACUAUCCAUGGCAGGAUAUUAAAACGUAUAUUAAGAAGUAGCUAAUGAACAGUUUCCGUUGUUUUGAAGUCAUACAGGAAGUAGCCAGCAGGCGGGUUCUCCUCAAGGUGGCGACAAAAACAACGCUUUCUCGAAGCCAAAACAAGACCAAAAGCGUCUUGAGUAAGGUAAAAAUUUUGCCAACAGGUGAGAUCCUAUCUCUUGGGCUGAGAUGGUUCUGGAAGCCCUGCGUCGCUUCGGGAGGCAGCUCGUGCGGGUCAAGGUGGUGGACGGUAGCACCGACGACACCCGCCUGGCGCGGUGCCUCAACACGUACGACCUGGUGGCGCUGGGUGUGGGGAGCACGCUGGGUGCCGGCGUCUACGUGGUGGCCGGCGACGUGGCCAAAAAGAGCUCGGGGCCCGCCAUUGUCCUGUCCUUCCUGAUAGCGGCGGUGGCGUCCAUCAUGGCCGGCCUGUGCUACGCCGAGUUUGGCGCCCGCGUGCCCAAAACGGGCUCGGCGUACCUUUACAGUUACGUGACGGCCGGAGAGCUGCUGGCCUUCAUCACGGGAUGGAACCUACUCAUCUCUUACGCCAUUGGGACGUCGAGCGUGGCCAAAACGUGGAGCAGCACCUUCGACACGCUCAUCGGCGGCAGAAUUGGGAGGUGGACCAGGAACCACAUACCCAUGAACUCGCCGGGUGUCCUCGCAGAAUACCCCGACGUCUUUUCGGUGUUCCUCGUGGUGAUUUUGACAGGCCUCCUCGGCUUCGGUGUGAAGGAGUCUGCACUGGUGAGCAAAGUGUUCACCAGCAUCAACAUCAUGGUUCUGAUGUCCGUAAUGGUCAGCGGGAUGAUCAAAGGAGAUCCCAAAAACUGGAGCGUGAAUCCGGACGACGUCCUCAGCGCCGCCAUCUUGUCCUCAACCAACGCUACAGAUAUUUCGUCUUUAAAGAAAAGUUUGGGAGCAGGGGGCUUCAUGCCUUUCGGCUGGACCGGGGUCUUCUCUGGGGCCGCCACCUGCUUCUAUGCCUUUAUUGGCUUUGAAUGUAUCGCCACUUCAGGUGAGGAGGUGAAGAACCCGCAGAAGGCCAUUCCCAUCGGGAUCGUGAGCUCGCUGGUCAUCUGCCUCAUGGUGUACUUGGGGGUGUCGACCGCCCUCACCGUCUUGAUGCCUUACUACCUCCUGGACCAGCACAGCCCCCUGCCGGGGGCUUUCAGCUACGUGGGCUGGUGGGUCGCCACCAACGCCGUGGCAGCCGGUUCUCUCUGCGCUCUGUCCACCAGUUUACUGGGCGCCAUGUUCCCCAUGCCCAGAGUCGUCUGGGCCAUGGCAGAAGAUGGCCUCCUCUUCCAGUUUUUGACGAGAAUCAACAAUCGGACUAAAACGCCUCUCCUGGCAACCAUUGUGUCGGGCGUUGUGGCGGCCGUGAUGGCCAUGCUCUUCGACUUGAAAGAUCUGGUCGACCUCAUGUCUAUCGGCGCUCUGCUGGCUUACACGCUGGUAGCUGCAUGCGUCCUGGUGCUCAGGUACAAACCCGACGGGAAACCCCCCCAUGAGAUGACCCCUCAGGAGGAAAUGACUACCAAGGGUGACAUUGACAUCCAGGGACAAGAAAAUCUCUACUCCACCAUUAGGUGCCUUGUGUUCCACCCAGACGAAGAACCCACUCCUCGAUCUGGGUUCGCUGUCACCGUUUGCACCAGCCUACUAGUGGCCUUGGCCUUGUUUUUUAGCCUGGUGGCCAUCACGCUCAGGCAGGCGGCUUGGUGUCCUGCUCUCUUGGGCGCCAUCUUCGUGAUGUGCUUGGGCCUCGCCGUCGUCGUGUGGCGCCAACCGCAGAACAAGACCAAGCUCUCCUUCAAGGUUCCUCUGGUGCCGUUCAUCCCGCUAGUGAGCAUGCUGAUCAACACAUACCUGAUGAUGCAGCUCAUAAGAGGACCUUGGGUGCACUACACCACUUCCAUGGCUAUCGGUUUGCUCAUCUACUUCGGCUACGGCUUUCGUAACAGUGCACUUGCAGAGUGCAACAAGACAAACGAAUGUAAACUGGACGGCCGGGGAGAUGAACUGUGAUUUUAUUGUUAGAAGAGAGUCAAACUAAGACAGCGAAAGAACAGCCGGAGGCUGCUGACCAACAUUUUUUAUGAUGGAAUUUUUUUUUCCUUUAUUUAGUGACAGCAGCCAAAAUAAAGCACUUUGUACUUUUAGACACUUUUAUCAGACCAUCUGUUGUGCCUAUUUACUCUUCAAUAAUAACCCGUUUAUUUUUUUAUGUAGCUGAUUUCCAUUAAAAUUUGGGAGCUGAGAUGAGGAAGAUUACAUUUUGCCACUGUUUGCUUGGUUUUCUCACAAUUUUUAAUGUUAUUUUAAUGAGAAAUGGAGUUUUGUAUAAAGGUGUACAAAUAGAUUCUUUUUGGCCCUGGCAGGGUCUGUGUAAACCACAGGUGUCAAAGUCAAGGCCCGGGGGCCAAAUCUGGCCUGCCACAUGAUAUGUGGCCCGUGAAGGCAAAUCGUGUGUCAACUUCUAUGAGUCUUGUGAAAAUCAGUACCAAAAUUUCAUAUUGUCAUAGAUGUGAAAACAAACUAUUACACGCAUUUUUUUUUGUUUACAAACAUGAACGAUUGUAGAAAAUGAUAAAAGAAAAAAAAAACAUUUCCCUUGAUUUCUGAGCCCAAAACUAGUUCAGAAAUUUUGUCUGUAAAUAUGUUGAGGUGAUUACAUUUUUUAAUAGUUUCAGUCAUAAUGGCCAUUUGAGGGGAACUGAAAUUACAAUAUGACCCGUGACAAAAAUGACUUUGACACCAAGGUGUAAACUGUCAGUCAUCAUGUUCAAAGUUUGAGGAAUGUAAAGUGAGUUACAGCCAAUAUUCCUUUUCAUAUUUUCUUACUUAAUUGUGUUUUGUACUUUGGAUUAUUGAGUUUAAUUUCCUGUUUUAUUUAAUUUUUGCAUUUCGUCUCGUUUUUAAUGUGUAACUUUUUGUAAUUGUGUUUUCUUUUUAAAUCACUUCUGAUUGUGACUAUAAACAAACACUUACAUCGUUGUUCCAAGUUUCCAAAAUGUGCUCCGUGCAUGUUCUGUCAUAAAGCUUUGAAACUUGAAAAAUUAGAUUGCAGUGGGGAUCAAUAGAAAUGGCUGAAGUCACUCAUUGCCUAUCAGACUUCGUUGAGGCCCCAAUUUAGGGAGAGUUUGUAGGUUACAGAAGGAACACCUAGUCAAAUGCACGUUUUUCUUGAUUUUUUUUCCCCCCCAAUGUAAAUAAGACGAAGCAGUUACAGGCAAGAGUUUCUGUGAUGCAAAAACCUAAAGCCUAAUGAUGUAACUUGCAGAUUUUUGCAAAGUGAGGAAGCUGGAAUGCUGUACCCCAAAAUCUGAACACAAGCACAUUUCACAGGAAGG